ACAGUACUAAAAUCUCUAAAACAAAACAAAGAAACGUCAAAACAACUGUCAGUCGUCAGCUGCACUCGCGAGUCGCGAAAGACCGAAAAAAUCUUUUUACUGCAAUUUAGGGCUCCAGUGGUGCGAGCAUCAGAAUGGUUCUUACGAACGAUGUUUAUCUCCCGAGCGAAGCGGAGCUCACCGUUCCGGAGGUGAACCUUUCGGGACCUGCUCUGAGGGCCGGUGCCUUCCAUCUGGGCAAGGCUUGCGAGGCGGAGAAUAAUGAAUUUAUGCUGUGUCGUCAAGAACUAAACGAUCCUCGGGCUUGCAUUAACGAAGGUAAAGCUGUUACCAACUGUGCGCUGGAUUUCUUCCGCAAGGUUAAGAAGUCCUGUGCACAGGAGUUUACCCAAUAUGCCAACUGCCUGGACAAGAGCAGUGGCGAUCUGAGAUUCCAAUACUGCCGCAAGACCCAGGGCGUGUAUGACAAGUGCGUACAAGACAAUUUACACAUUGAACGGCCGGAUUACGGGUACUUCACCAGGGCCAAGGUUCACGCUACGGAUCGCCCAGCACCGCCCAAAAAGGAGAAAACCGUGUAUCCGGAUGCCACCCCCGGAUUGCCAGACGAUUAUCCGCGUCCAGAAGCCAAGUAUGGUUCCCGUUUCCACUGGUUGAACUAAGGGAGGUACCGAACAAUUAAACCUUUGUAGCAAUUUGAUUGUUUUAAAGGGUGCACUUCGUGGAGCACUUUUCAAAAUACAUUAACAUUAUCAUUAUGAAA